CAACAUUGUCAACGCUGUGGAUAUCUUAAUUCCAAGUCAGAGGAUGGAUUUCACAGCUUCCAAACAGUCUCAUCAAUUAUCUUCCUUGCCAUCACUGGGUUUUGGGUUUUGGCUUUUGGCUUUUGCUUUUGGCUUUUGGAACUAGAUCCUUCUCUCACUCUCUCUCUUACUCUCACUCUCAUCAUGGCUCUUCUUCAGACACACAUAGCUUUUCAAAGGUUCUCACCUUUAACAAAAAUCCCUUCUUUUACAACUCCAAAACCCACCUCUUCCUUUGCUCAGUCCGCCAUGAUAACCCAUCACCAGAGCUCGCUCUUUUCCUCCAAUGUCGACACACCCUUUUCACUCUCAACACUUCCCAGAAAGCUUCUUUGUAAACCUCCUCAAGGAAAACAUGUCAGAGAAGACUAUCUUGUGAAGAAGUUAUCUGCCCAGGAGAUCCAGGACCUGGUAAAGGGAGAAAGAAAUGUACCCCUUAUAAUAGAUUUUUAUGCUACAUGGUGUGGACCUUGUAUUCUGAUGGCUCAAGAACUCGAAAUGCUUGCGGUGGAGUAUGAAAGCAAUGCGAUGAUUGUAAAAGUCGACACGGAUUACGAGUAUGAAUUUGCUCGUGACAUGCAGGUACGAGGGUUGCCUACACUAUACUUCAUCAGCCCUGACCCGAAAAAAGACGCAAUCCGGACUGAAGGACUCAUUCCAAUACAGAUGAUGCGGGAUAUCAUCAAUAACGAGAUGUGAGGGUGGGCGGGAGCAUGGAAGCAAGACUGGUUGACAAUUUUGCAGGGAGCGACGGAUCCAAUCGAAUUAGUCUUUCUAGGCACCAACAUCUGAGGUCUUUCUGGUCAUAUAUAUUUAGUGAAGUGUUGUGAGGUUGAGAUGGUAGGCAUAUUUGUUAUAGCUGAGAAGUGUAUUAUACUGAAUCGUAGCCAUGAAACACUCUCAUGUAUUGUGUUUUUGUACUAGUUGGUGGAUGAGGAGUACAGAGAGAAGUAAAUCACAUCAUGAUUUUGAGCCAAAA